AUGCUCAACACUGCAACCUAUCCCCUCAUCAUUGCCAUGCUCGAGGGUAACAAGGAUUGUGUCACCAUUGCUCCCCUCAUGCUCGAAGGGCUUAAAAAUGUGCUCGAAAGAGAGCUUUGUUCGCUGAGUUCGCCCUCAUACAACAACCGAGCUGUAAUCCAUCGCCUCCCCACCGAAAUCCUCUCCCUGUGCUUCCUCUUCGCUCGCGAUGCUACGAUCGUCAUCACAGAGCAACACGGCAUGCACAGGAUCAAUCCCGCGACUGUUGUCGCGUUGAGCCAUGCCUGGUUGGCUGCUUUUCUGCAGCACACACCGCUCCUGGAGCGGCUUGACCUUUGCAUCGCCCCGCAACUUAACCAUGGCAACAGUCUCGACGGCAUCUCCUUAUGUGAUCCCGACUUCUACGACACGGCAAAAGCGUUGGUGCUUCAGCACGGAGGAAGACCCACCGACCUUGAAGUAAUUCACGGAGGAAGUUGUCUGCGUCUCAGGAACGCGACAUCUCAAUUCGCGUUCCUGGUCAGCGGUAUGCGAUCUGUGAGAUCAUGGGACGACAGUACCAUGCGUUUCUCGAGCAUCCACCCCAUCCUCGAGAUCCUCGAUGAGGUCAAAACCGUACGGAUUCAGGACUUCCGUCCUCGGGUUUGGAAUGAGACACAAAUCGGUUCUGACUCAAUUACAAAAUCCGACUUCAUGUUCAAGACCCUUCCCGCAUUCACUCCCCUGGUGAAGACCCUCGCUCUACGGACCAUACGCAGACACGGCGAUCUCCCGCUCCGCGCUCUCCUCUCCCAAUCUGAGCCCGUGCUCUGGCCCUGCCUCGAGGACGUCUGCGUCAGCGGCCUCCGGCCUCCCCUCAACGACCUGCACGCUGUCGAAGAGCGAGCGCGCAACGGCCACCCCCUCCGCCGCGUCGUCUUCUGCAUCCCCAACACCAUCACCUCGCGCGGGGCGCCGCUCAGUCCGUACCGCGUCGGGUCCGACGCGCACGGCUGGACGGACGUCGAGCAGUCCUCUGCGGACCUCUUCAACAGCUUCGCGCGCGUCUCGGAGGGGCCGCGCUGGACGACGUUGUCCCAGUGGUGGACGGAUGGGGCAGGGCAGGGCGACACGUUCCCUACGGAAACCCUAGACGCUAUUCAUGGGGAGAACGAGUGGGUGCAGUACCCAACGGCGAUACCUGGGGUGAGGACGGCGGAGGGGUACGAGCAAGCGUGGGAGAGGAUCGUGCAGGUGUGCUCGGUGGGGUACUCGGCUGCGAAGGGGCUGAGGAAGCCGAUGGUGGCCGGGCAGGGGCGGAGACUGUGGGGAUCUUUCAAGGAUAUCGGGCGGUUGGAUGAGUUGUGCGGGCUCACCACGUACCCCAUGUUCGUCAACGUGAUCGCGAUGCCCUUGCCACUGAACGCGCUCUCCGCUCGUGCCCAUCCCGGCCCCGAAGCCCAUGCCGAGGCUUGUUCCGUGGAUGGCGACGUGGUACGCGCGCAGGUGCUGCCGGAUCACGCAGCCGAAGUCGACCGCGUCCAUAUGGCCUGGGUUCUAGUAGUCCAGGAUCCAGAUCGGGGAGUAGUCUUACUGGGCCGCGAGCUGCUUCGGCAUGAGCGCGAAGGCGUCGGGCAUGACUGGGUCUAG